UGGUACGUAACCAACAUCUUAUCUUAUCUCAUCACUUAGCAAAACGUAUUUUCCCAAUGAAAUCACUGCGGUCGACAGCAAAAGCCAUUCCCUCCACCAACCCAAUAAUAUUAAAUAAAAACUUCACACACUUUUCAAACUCCAGUUAAAUUACUCAAAACCCAAAUCCUCACAAUCCAAAAUUCAGCUUACAAUGGCGAAGAUUUCGGACAACGAACUCAACGCCGUGACUAGGAGGAUUGCAACGGUCUCCAACCAUCUCUUGUUGCCGAUUUGUUCGGGCUCGAAUUCCGGUUUGACCCGUGGCUCCAUAGGUCUCUGUAAUGCUUCCAUGGAUGAUAGCUAUCAUAGAAUCCAUGGCGAAGUUGCAAGCCAUGAGGUUGAGUGGAAAACUGCUUGUGAUGAGUACGGCAAAGAGUUCACCGACAUUGUUUAUGAAAAGGCUAUUGGUGAAGGCAUUGCAAAGAUUGCAAUAAAUAGACCGGAGAGAAGAAAUGCUUUCCGUCCGCAGACGAUUAAGGAGCUUAUACGCGCGUUUAAUGAUGCCAGGGAUGAUAGUUCCAUUGGAGUUAUAAUUCUCACAGGGAAGGGGACCAAGGCUUUUUGUAGCGGUGGUGACCAGGCGUUGCGAAAAGCAGAUGGUUAUGCUGAUUUUGAAAAUUUUGGCCGCCUUAAUGUUUUAGAUCUUCAGGUACAAAUUAGGCGUCUUCCAAAACCAGUGAUAGCAAUGGUUGCUGGUUAUGCUGUUGGAGGAGGGCAUGUUUUACAUAUGGUUUGUGAUCUGACCAUUGCUGCGGAUAAUGCUAUUUUUGGUCAAACUGGUCCCAAGGUAGGAAGUUUUGAUGCUGGUUAUGGAAGUUCCAUAAUGUCCCGUUUGGUUGGACCUAAAAAGGCGCGCGAAAUGUGGUUUCUUGCCAGGUUUUACACUGCCUCUGAGGCAGAGAAAAUGGGGCUUGUGAAUGCUGUUGUACCGCUAGAGAAACUAGAGCAAGAAACAAUUAAAUGGUGUAGAGAGAUCCUAAGAAACAGUCCAACAGCAAUCAGAGUGUUAAAAGCAGCUCUUAAUGCUGUUGAUGAUGGCCAUGCUGGACUUCAGGAAGUUGGUGGAAAUGCGACACUCAUAUUUUAUGGAACUGAAGAAGGGAACGAGGGGAAAACAGCGUAUGUGGAGCGUAGACGCCCAGAUUUCUCAAAAUUUUCAAGGCGACCGUAAGGCUGAGGAUUGGGUGGAUUCAAAUGGUUUCUACUUUGCAGUCUACCACAUUACUUUUAUUCAUUUCCAAAGGAUGCUUGCUCUUUUAUUUAAUGCACCCUGUUUUGUUACAUGUAAAACAAUCUCAUCAGCUGGUUUCUAAUUAAUCAAUUUGCUUCUGAAAAA